CUAGAACUAGAAGUACCUGGGGGAGCCUUCUUUCCCGCACUUCUAUUAUUUAAGCCCCCUAGAUAUAGUGAAUAAGCAGUGGUAUAUAUCACAUUCCUAGAUUUAGUUUCUUCCUUUCUGGGUUUUUGUUUUGGGGGUGUGAUAUUCUUUUUUCAGAUAUAGAAUCAUGAGAAAAGCGGUUUUGCUCCACCUGAUCUGUGUUUUGUUGGGUGUUUUCUUGGUGAAUGGAGAGGACCCUUAUAAAUACUACACAUGGACUGUCACCUAUGGAACUAUUUCUCCUCUGGGCGUCCCCCAACAGGUCAUCCUCAUCAAUGGUCAGUUUCCUGGUCCGGCACUUGAGGUUGUGACUAAUGACAACAUAAUCCUCAACCUGAUUAAUAAGCUUGACCAGCCUUUUCUCUUGACUUGGAAUGGAAUUAAACAGAGGAAGAACUCAUGGCAAGAUGGAGUAUUGGGGACCAAUUGUCCUAUCCCCCCAAACUCAAACUACACCUACAAGUUCCAAACUAAGGAUCAGAUUGGGACUUUCACAUAUUUCCCAUCAACCCUUUUCCAUAAAGCUGCUGGAGGGUUUGGAGCAAUCAAUGUCUAUGAAAGACCUAGGAUCCCAAUCCCAUUUCCAGACCCUGCUGGAGAUUUCACUUUACUUGUUGGUGAUUGGUACAAGACCAGCCAUAAGACAUUACAGCAAACUCUGGACUCAGGGAAACCUCUUCCCUUCCCUGAUGGUGUCCUUAUAAAUGGCCAGACUAGUUCUUCCUUCAGUGGUGAUCAAGGUAAAACUUACAUGUUCAGGAUCUCAAACGUGGGCCUAUCAACCUCAAUAAACUUUAGGAUUCAGGGGCAUACAAUGAAGCUAGUUGAGGUGGAAGGAUCUCAUACUCUUCAGAACACAUAUGAUUCUCUUGACGUGCAUGUGGGCCAAUCCAUUGCUGUUUUAGUUACCUUAGAUCAGCUCCCAAAAGACUACUACAUUGUUGCAUCCACAAGGUUUACAAAGCAGAUUCUCACUGCAACUGCAGUGUUACACUAUACAAACUCUCACACCCCAGUUUCUGGGCCUGUGCCUGCUGGUCCUACCUAUCAAAUACACUGGUCUAUGAAGCAAGCCAGAACCUACAGGUGGAACUUGACAGCAAGUGCAGCCAGACCCAACCCUCAGGGCUCAUUCCAUUAUGGAAAGAUAACACCAUCAAGGACCAUUAUGUUGGCGAACUCAGCACCUCGACUAAAUGGGAAGCAGCGCUAUGCUGUUAAUGGGGUCUCCUACAUUAACGCCGAUACUCCUCUGAAGCUUGCUGAUUAUUUCAAUAUCCCUGGGGUAUUCAGUGUAAAUUCUAUUCAAGACCUUCCCUCAGGUGGUUCCUCAUUCCUGUCAACCUCUGUCAUGGCAGCCAACCACCAUGACUUCAUUGAAGUUGUUUUCCAAAACAAUGAGAAUACCAUUCAGUCUUGGCAUCUCGAUGGUUAUGAUUUUUGGGUAGUUGGUUAUGGUUUUGGACAGUGGACACCAGCCAGAAGAAAAAGCUAUAAUCUAAUUGAUGCUCUUACUCGACACACUGCUCAGGUGUACCCCAGGUCUUGGACCACUAUAUGGGUUUCCUUGGACAACCAAGGCAUGUGGAACAUGAGGUCUGCAGUAUGGGAAAGGCAAUAUCUUGGGCAGCAAUUCUAUCUCAGGGUCUUUAACCCAGUUCACAGCCCUGCUAAUGAAUAUGAUAUUCCUAAAAAUGCUCUACUUUGUGGAAAAGCCGUAGGAAGGCACCCUUAGUAUGACCAUUCAUUUAUUUAGUAUCUGGUUUUUCCAGUCAUGAUGGCUUGACUGUAAUAGUAAAUCAGAAAGAGUGAAAAAUUCCGCUUCUGAUAGUUGGUUUAUUCAGUUAUUCUAUAUGUAUAAUAUCAAAUGGAAUUUUGUUUCACAUUCUGGAAGUUGUGGAAUUGGUUGAAAUCAUAAUUUUAGAACCACAAAAUGUCACUUGUCGUGGCUGAAUUUUAUUGCA